AUGGCCCAGGCCAAAAAUCAGCUCCUGCUGGGCACGUUUGUGCAGAGCAAAACCCGCAGGGAGCUCGAGUACCUGCACGAUGCCGCCAUCGCCGUCGACAAGCAGGGCAGGAUUGCCGGUGUCGAGACCGGCUCCGGCAAUGUCGAUGCCGCCAAGACGAAGCUGCUCGAGAGCCUGGGCUGGUCAGAGGAUGAGGUGGACGUUCAUGCCUGCAUGCCAGGCCAAUUCUUCUUUCCCGGUUUCAUAGAUACCCAUGUUCACGCGUCUCAGUAUCCCAACGUCGGCGUUUUUGGCAAGUCGACGCUGCUCGACUGGCUUGAGCAGUACACUUUCCCGCUCGAAUCCAGCCUGAAAGACCUUGCCAAAGCGCGCACCGUGUACACGGCAUGCGUGCAGAAAACUCUGGCCCACGGUACCACGACGGCCGCCUACUAUGCCACCAUCGACGUGUCCGCCACCAACUUGCUGGCAGAUCUGUGCUUGAGCCUCGGGCAGCGAGCCUUCAUCGGCAGGGUAUGCAUGGACAGGCCCAACUUCUGUCCCGAUUACUACCGUGACGAAUCGGCGGAUGAGUCCGUCAAGGCGACGAUGGAGACAAUCGAGCAUAUCCAGAAAAUCGACGCCAACUACGACUUGGUGUCGCCCAUCAUAACGCCGCGCUUUGCUCCGUCCUGCACGGACGAGUUGAUGGGGAAGCUUUCGGCCCUACGGCACGAGCAUAAUCUGCCGGUGCAAACGCACAUCUCGGAGAACGAGGGAGAGGUGAAGCUCGUGGCCGAGCUGUUCCCGGGCAAAGGCUCCUAUGCCGAGGUGUACGAAAGCCACGGCCUUCUGACGCCGAGGACGAUUCUCGCACAUGCCGUCCACCUGACGGAAGCCGAGGCCAGUCUCGUUGCAGCUCGGCAGUCCAAGGUGUCGCACUGCCCUUGCAGCAACAGCUCCCUCACAAGCGGCCAGAGUCGUGUCCGCUGGAUGUGGGAGAAGGGCAUCGAGGUCGGCCUAGGCACCGACAUGAGCGGCGGUUAUAGCCCCUCCAUCCUCGAGGCCGCGCGGCAGGCGGCCCUCGUGAGCAGGCACGUUGCCAUGGGAGCCGAGGACGACGAGUCGCGUGAGAGGUGCAAGCUGACCGUGGAGGAGGUGCUGUACCUCGCCACGAGAGGUGGAGCCAAGGUGGUCGGCCUCGAGAACAAGGUCGGCGAUUUCGAGGUGGGCAAGCAGUGGGACGCCCAGCUGGUGAGCCUGGCCAACGUCAGGGACGAUGGGACGAGGGACGGCGAGGCAGACGCCGGGAACGUUGACCUGUUUGGCUGGGAGACAUGGGAAGAGAGGAUUGCCAAGUGGCUGUUCAAUGGGGAUGACCGAAAUACCAAAAUGGUCUGGGUCAAUGGUAGGCUGGUCCAUUCGCGGCCAUGA